CUUAGAACGGGAACAUGUGAGCAGGGAAUGGACAACUGGAAGCAGGAUUACAAACUACACAGAGAAGCAGGCGGGCUGCGGUACAGGAGACUCACCGGGACACGGGGGCAGCAGCUCCAAUAAGAAGUCAAGUGCGACACUUUCGAGAAGACAGACAUAAUUUUACGCAGUAAAGAAUACGAAGGAAUAACGAACCAAAGAUGAAUACUAUUGUGUUUAACAAAUUGAGUAACCAGGUCAUCUUCGAUGAGAAGGCGAAGGAGGUCGAGAGGAGCAGCAGAAAUUAUUUAGAGGUAAUAGAUGGACAGCAUCCGGACCUUCAUCCAGACCUGCUAUCAAGCAAUCAUCAAGUUAUCAAAGACAACAACGGCAUCAGACACAGGAGGCCUACAGUCUGCAACCUUGACAACUACGUUAUGAAAACAAAAUCUGAAAAGGGCCGUCAGAACGGCGGGAAGGUGCGACACAAGCGUCAGGCCCUUCAGGACAUGGCUCGGCCCCUAAAGCAGUGGCUCUACAAACACAGGGACAACCCAUACCCCACUAAGACAGAGAAAAUCCUGCUAGCCCUCGGCUCUCAAAUGACCUUGGUCCAGGUGUCUAACUGGUUUGCCAACGCCAGACGGAGGCUGAAGAACACAGUGAGACAGCCAGAUCUGAGCUGGGCGCUGCGCAUCAAACUCUACAACAAAUACGUCCAGGGCAACGCAGAGAGACUGAGUGUCAGCAGCGAUGACACCUGCUCAGAAGACGGGGACAACCCUCAGCGGAUGCAGACGAGCGGCGGCGAGUUCAGCAAGCCCAUGUACCAGAGCGUCAUCAAGAAAGAGGGAGCCGCCAUGAUAGGGGCGGGGCUCCGGGCCGCUGACGCCGCCUCAUUGGCCGAGGACUACGUGACUCCGCCUCCCAAGUACAAGAGCAGCUUGCUUCACCGGUACCUCAACGACUCGCUGCGACACGUGAUGGUGGCCAACGCCGUCAUGGACGCCAGGAAGAGGAACCACUCGGGAUCCUUCAGCUCCAACGAGUACGACGAUGAUCUCCUCUCCCCGUCGUCCUCAGAAACCGAGGCAAACUUUGUUUAUCGAGCUGAAACCAUGGACCAUGGAUCAAGUAAAUGUGACAAUGGUGGUGUUCAGAAGGAGAAGGUACGGGGCAAAGAUGAGACGUACUGGAAAGAGAUCAAUGCAGCCAUGGCCUUGACUAACCUGGCGCAGGGAAAGGACAGCAGCGGAUCAGGGACGACCAGCUGCAUCAUCCAGAAGUCCUCUCAUAUAUCAGAAGUAAAGACUGUCAAAGUGCCUCUGGUGCAGAAGUACUAGCGCCUAUCACAGAGUUGUCUGUCUCCAACUCAUUUUCCCUUCUACUCUCUAUGCAACACCAACCUUCCCUCUGAAAACUCACUCGGAAGAGUCAGUCAAAAACAAAACAAGAAACAAGUACUCUCUGUUUUAUGUCUGUAAAAAUGCAACAGAACUGAAGACAACCUAUUUUGUGUGUGGGUUGAUGUUUAACCUGCAGCACAUGCAUUAGACAGGUGUUGAUAUGAUCAUCGUUAAUUGCAUUGUUCAGUUCUGAACUAGACACUUUUGUUAUGUUAACUUAUUUGAUAAAUCUGAAUUUCAUUUUUUUAUACUCUGAAAUUUGUAUUGUACUUUUGCCAAAGUGCCUUUUGGAAGCAAAGCAACACACCCUUCGUGGUUAAUGAUGUACAGAGUGCCUCUGGGAACAUAAAGGACUAUCUGAAGAGGCUAGAUGAGUGAAGUAGAAAUAAUAUGGUCCUAUAAGCUUCUUCUGAAAGACUCCUUCCCUCCAUGAUAUGUGCCUUACAACAUGAAUGAAUUUAGCUGACCUUAAAUAACAUCUGUACUGUUCUAAUUUAUCAAGACACACAUGUACACACACACACACAUACACACACACAUACACACACACAGAUGCACACACAUAAAGCAGUGUGUGUGACUAAAUUAAACUAAAUUGUUGAAUUAUGACUCAAUUUAGCACUGUUAUGUCUCAGCCAGAAUACAACAGACCUGCCAACAAUAACUGUGAAUAGAUAAAGUUCACUCCAGCCAAACACACUCACACUAACACAGGCUUAGAAUCGAUAGGAUAGCAGCAGAUCCACUGUGCUGUCAUUAGUCACAACCACCAUCAUGUUUUCCACAGCUUGGCCUUAGGGUUAUAUUUUAGAGAGGAGAAGGAUCCUUAUCUAGGCUUUUAAACUGGAAAGUGCAAGCAAAUGUUGAACUAGCACCAGCAUACAGGCACGCUCACGUGCACACACACGCAGGCAGACACAUGCAGGCAGACACGCAGGCAGGCGUGUGCACACCCACACACACAUGCACGCACACACACACACUUGGUCGGAGUUUUGGUCGGCACAGUGCUGUAUCUGUUUAAUCAAAGAGGGCCAUGAACUAAAGGGAUGUUUUUCUUUCUGUUAUCAGUGUAGUAUUAUAUGAACUACAGUGUUGCUCCCUUCUUACAUGUUUUCGUUUAGAACAAGGUACUUCAACAGUGAAAAAAAGACUAGGGGCUCAAUUUAAUCAAACCCGCAUUGCAGUAUUGACACAGUAGUUAUGUUUCCAAUGGUCAAAUGAAAUUCACAGACUAGUCUUGGGUACUGUAUAAAAACCUACAACUACUACCAGAGCGACCCCCCCCUCACAGGUAUGCUUUCACUUUUCAGAAUUAGAAGUGCGUGGGUAUGGGAUGAAUAUUGUAAAUAAAGACACUGCGUAAACAUAGCUAUGGCGGGUUUGAUUGAAUCCCAGCCUAGCUCACCAGGCUGUUUAAUCCUACACUCACUCCUGCUUAGCUGUUCAGAAUCGCAUUCAUAUUGCUGUUUACAAGAAGCCAGAGAGAGAACGAGAGAGACUUACGUGUUUGACUUGCUUUAAAAAUACAUUUAAAAAAUUGCCUUUUCAGUAUUAUCUCUUCGUCAGCCAGCAAAGCAAGUGUUCAAGUAUUUGUUAUUGUGAGUUUGUUUAUCGCAGUGGUUGUUCUGUUGUAUCAAAGUUUUACUUGGUUUUACUUAACCAUAAUGCAUUGUGUUCCUUUUUUGAGCGAAUGGAAAGAAUCCUCCUUAAAUACUUAUAAAGUAUGUUAUUUACAUUGUAGCAACCUAAGUACACAACUGAGAUAAAUCAAGUUGGACUGUUAUAGUAACUAGUCAGCCAUUUUCUGCCGACUCACUAAUUGUAUGUAUAUCUUCAAGGUACUGUUUGUGUCAAAAUCUACACUUCUUUUAUUCUCUGUGCUGUUUGGACCCUUUGUUUGACAACCUCAACUGUGCUUGUGGUCAAGGGGUGAUUGAGAAAAGCUGCACAAAGUUACUUUUAGAAAUCACUCUUAAUCUUGAAUGUGCAAACCGUUAAAAGCUGCACUUUAAGCUCUCUGUUCUCCAAUAGAAAGAAACAGAAGAAAAGCCGUCAUUGAGGAUUUAUGGGAUUGAUUUGAGGGGGAAAACAAUGUGUUGAGGCUUCAGAGGCACAGAACAGUCAUUGUUUUACCUGUACACCCUGUAGGGACACAGAAUGAGUCAGCAAACUAAAUGUACCCCAAGGCUUCGGUUCGGUACUGUACCUUUUUUUUUCUGUGCAAAAACUCAUGCUUUCAAACAAAUGCUGACAAGCGGAAAGCAAUUUACUUUUGUCAUAUUUUAGAAAAUCUAUAAAUUAUUAAGGAUUGUAAAAAAAUAAGUUGGUGAGAAUAGUCUGUUUUUUUUAUUGUUAAGUUAUGAGUUAAAACAUUUUGAUAGAGACUGGAUUGUUAUCCAAUGACCAAAUGCAUAAUUUCUCAUUGUAUUGUCUGAUUUUGCUUUUAUGUAAACAUUUAUUUUGUUAAACUAUGGUUACUUCCACAAAACAAUGAAUAAACCUUUGAAGAAAUUG